AUGGAAACGUCUGGUCCAACAAUAUUUUCAAAUUUCAUACCUACAUCCUUGAAUGUUAUUCGCUGUGACAAUGAUAACGACAAUUAUAAAAUGUGUAUAGUUGCAAUGAAGAGCGGAGAGAAAAUAUGUUUUCAAGGUAGUCUUCUUGUUGCAACAAUUUAUGGAGACGCAUUAAUUAUGGGAUAUAGAUUAAAAAGUGCAAAAUCAAAAUUUUUAGAAAACAAUUUUAAUAAUUUUGAAGGUGAAAAAGAAAUGGACAUUCUAUUUCAUCCAGUGUUCUCACCUAAAACACAUUCACUUUUAGUUAUAGAUAUUAAAGCAUCAAAUGGUAUAAAACAUUGCAUCAAUGAAAUGUUGAAAAAAAACAACGAGCACAACAUAUUGAGAAAUGGUUAUGACACCAUACUUGUUUUCCGAGAUAUUGUUUCAUGGUGUGGUAUUAAACAUUUGGGAAUUGUCGCACCAAUAUAUAGUGAUAUUUUCAUUCCUGAUGAUGACAAGUAUAAAUCAAACAUAGAAAAACAAGAUUUUUUUCAAAUUCCAGGAUUUUAUCCGAUUUUUGAAAUGAUAAAUGAAGAGGGUGUUACAUCUUUUAAAAUAUUAGAUUCUUGGAAGCAUGCAGCAGAUGAAAUGGAGACUGGCUUAAUUAAAUGUCCAAAAGUUGCGUAUCUUGAAACAGAUAUUGGACAAAGUGAAUUUACACCAGAAGGAAUUUUGUCACUCAAUAUUAUAGAAUCACCUAUUCUUGGUGUUCCAUUAAUAAUCAAUACACACGGUUGGGUUAAGGGAAUGGGGCUUGAUAUUUGUUACGAGGUUAUAAAAUUCUCUAAACCGACACAUAUAUUUCAAUUUCAUUCCGUUGAUCAAGAAAUACAUAAUUUGCCAGCAUUUCCAACCGAUUUGAUAUCUUCAUUGAAAAUGACGAAUGAAUCGACAGCUCUUAAAAUAAUAAAACUUGAAUUUUUUGAUAAUUCCACCAUUUCCAACAAAAGAUAUACAUCUUCAGAUUAUCGAACCUUGAAUAUGGUAUUUUAUUUUCACGGAAAUUAUAAUAAUGGAACACAAGAUGAUGGUAAUGAUGAAUGGUGGCAAUUUCGUAAACCGUUAGUUAGGCAUUUACCAUGGUGUUUGAAUUGGAAAAGAUGUUUAACUAAAGGAGUAAUGUUGAUGUCAGAAGAGGUACCUUAUAUUUGUGGAAUACCAUGGAAUAAGUUACCAUAUAUGAGUGUUGAAGCGGGCGAAGGGGUAGGUAGUACUGCUAGAAAUAAUAGGAGAUAUCUUAAAAGACGUCAAUAUUCAUAA